GACCAUUCUCCUCUUCUCUAAGAUCUGGCUACCUCGCUCUUUUGAGCCGGCGACGUCUCGCGCAACGGAACAUGGUGUUAUUUACGAAGCUAGCGGCCCUAGUUCUCCUUGCAUUCCCUCAUGCCAUCCUCGCCGACCCCAGUAGUGGAUCGGCAUUGUACCCGCCAGGGCUGCUGCCCUUGAUCAACCGCGCGAAUACACUCUUCUCUGCAGGGCAGUUUAACGAAGCGUCACGAAUAUACUCGGAAGCAAUCGAGCAAUCCCCUCUCGAUUACCUCCUCUACUACCGCCGCGCCACCGCCUACCUCUCCCUCUCGCGAUACCCGCAGGCGUUGUCGGACCUCGACAAGGUGCUGGAACUGACGAACAAUACCUUUGACAAGGCGCACCUCGUCAAGGCGCGCAUCCAUGCUCUCUCGGGUCACUGGGCCGAGGCCAGGGCGUCCCUGGCCCAGUACGGGAAGGCCAAGAAGGCGAGCGACCCGGAGGCGAUGGAGAUCAUGAUGAGCGUGAGCGAGGGGGAGUCGGCGGAGAAGAAGGCGCGACAGGCGGCCAAGUCACACCUGUGGACGCUGUGCGAGGAGGAGAGCAGCAUUGCGCUGCGGACGGCUACGCACUCUGUCGACCUGAGGCAGCUGAGGGUACAGUGCUCGUUGCAGGCUGGUGACGUGGAAAGCGCGGUGGGGGACCUGACUCGAAUCACCCAUCUAACGUCCGCCUCGACACCGCUGUACAUGCGCAUCUUCCGACUGACGUACUUCCUGCUCCCUCCCACUUCGACCGAGUCCGCGCUGUCCACGCUGAAACAAUGCCUGCACUACGACCCCGACUCGAAACCGUGCUUCUCUGCGCGGCGGCUGGUUAAGACCUUGGCAAAGUCCACGGACAAGCUGUCUUCAUACGAAGCCGACUCGAAGUGGUACGGCUUGAUCAACCUCCUCGUACCGAAGAAGAGCACAGGCAAGGGAGGGUUGAUCAGCGAGUUUGAGGAAGCUGUGAAGGAGCACUUCGAGAAGGAGGAGCUGCCUAGCAGUUUGCAGCCGAUGAAGAGCAGUCCGAGGCUCGCGGAGCUGUAUCGCAGCGCGUGUCGGGCGUAUACAAAGCUUGGGAAGGCCAAGGAGGGUGAGACGUACUGCGCGAGCCUGCUAGGUAUGAAGGGUAUGGAGGAUGAUGCUAUCGGCCUGGUGGGCCGCGGAGAGGCAUUGCUCGUCAAGGAAGAGUGGGAGGAAGCUGUGAGGGUGCUCGAGAAGGCGUUCGAGGCAACCGGGAGGAGCGAUCGUGAAGUGAUGCAGUCGUUGCAGAAGGCUCAGAAGCUCCUGAAACAGUCGAAGCAGAAGGACUAUUACAAGGUUCUGGGUGUUGCAAGGGAUGCGGACCAGAAGACGAUCAAGAAAGCCUAUCGCAAAGCGACAAUGAAAGCCCACCCAGACAAAGGCGGUAGCGAAGCUAAAAUGGCAGCCGUCAACGAGGCGUACGAGGUGCUCUCCAACCCAGAAUUGCGCGCUCGGUUCGACGCGGGCGACGAUCCCAACGAUCCGAUGUCCCAGCAGGGCGGGCAUCCCUUCCAGCAGGGCGGCUCGCCGUUCGGCUUCCACCCCGGCGGCGGGGCGCAGUUUGCGUUCAGCGAGGGACACCCGUUCGCAGAGUUCUUUGGCGGUGGCCCCGGUGGAUUCCAAUUUCAGUUUGGAAGGAGCGGGGGGCGUGGAAGGAGGGGUCAUUGAGAGCAGGCUGGAUGAGGAUGGUGAUAUCAACGAGGUGAAAGGAGUGGAUGGAUGGACUCGUGCAUUUAGAGUAGUGAUCUCAUUUUGUCGAGCGGUUAUGCCUUUGUGUGGCUGUUUGUUAUCGUUGGCAUUAUUGUACGCAAUUGUAAAUCUAGUGCAAUGUUAUAUUAUUUUCAC